UUGUAACCUAAAAAGUUACAGUUGUAACCUAAAAAGUUGCUGUUUUGAGAACGCUUUUGAAAAGACAAAUAUAUAAUAAUGGAUUUGCUCGUGGAUCUUAUUUUUGAAUCUGAUGAUGAUAUUGAAGAUAAUGAUGAAUUUGUCGAAAGAAGACCCUAUGUAAUAAGAAAUAAACCGAACAAUUUUCAAGUGUGGGAUGACAAAGAAUUUUUCAAUCGAUUUCGUUUGAAAAAGGAUACAGUACUUGAAUUGUUGCAUGCAAUUGAAGACCGACUGAUAAUACUCCGGAACAAGUCAAGAUCAUUGACACCGAUCAAUCAGUUGUUGUUAACGUUGAGAUUUUAUGCCACGGGCAAUUUUCUGCGUGCCUGCGGUGAUUUUAGUGGAGUAAGCAUUAGUACAGCUUCCCGAGUCAUCGCGAAAGUAUUCAUGGCCAUAGCUUCGUUAUCAGCAACAAUGAUCAAUAUGCCUCAAUCUAAUGUGGAAAUUCGUACAACGCAACAGGCAUUUUAUGAUAUGUACAAAUUUCCAAGGGAGGUGAACACGCAGAAGAGUUUAGAAAUCGAAAAGGAUUCUUUUCUCUUAAUACCCAAGUUGUUUGCGAUCACAAUAUGAGAAUUAUUGACGUUGUGGCUAGGUGGCCGGGUUCUGUUCAUGAUGCUACAAUCUUUCAACAUAGUCGACUACGCCGAAGAUUAGAAGAAGGCGAGUUUCGUCCGGGAAUAUUAUUUGGAGAUAGUGGAUAUCCAAUCAAGAAAUAUCUUCUUACUCCUUUUUUGCAUCCAACUACUGCAGCAGAAAAUAGUUACAACAGUGCUCACAUACGAACGAGGAAUAUUGUUGAACGGGUAUUUGGAGUUUGGAAGCGUCGAUUUCCAGUUUUAAGUUUAGGUAUGAGAGUUAAAAUAAGGACUGUGCAAGACAUCAUCGUAGCUACAGCAGUUCUACACAACAUAGCCAGAAAUAAAAACGAAGAACCUCCUGCAUAUGUAGAUUUACCUGACGAGAAAAUUGGAAAUGGCAACUGGAAUCAACGGGAAGUUCAAGUGGGAGAUAAUAAUG